GCGAGCAUAGCUUCUUAAAUCGAAAUGCAAGUCGAAAGCAACGAUAUUAAAUAUUGUAUAAAUAAAUAUGAAGAAAAGAACAUAAAUUAUUUUAAAAAUUAUUCAAAGAAAGCAUUUUUAAGCGUAAUACCGUCAACAUUAAAGUUUACUUUUGAUUUUAAAAACUUUAAAAUUCAAAAAAAAAUAGUCGAAAUUACAAACUACUUUUCUAAACCAUGUCCUAUUCAACUAUUGCCACCGGAAACUCAAUAUUUUCAAAUUAAUAAUAUUUCUCAGAAGAUAUGGCUCAACCCUGGAUCCGUCUUCAAAAUGAAUAUUUUAUUUAUACCUGACGAAAACAGAGGUUAUAAUGAUGUAUUAAAAAUUCGCUAUUUUUAUGACCAAUUGAUAGAAAUUAAAAUUUUCGCGGAGAUCGCAAAUACUUUUUCUUUUCCUACUAUUGUCAAUUUUGGAAAUGUACCCCUUGAUCAUCCGGUCUGCUACGAAAUACCAAUUCAUCCUAAUGCAAAAAAGGAAUUCACUUUCGCUAUUUUGCCAACUCAGGAAAACUCGUGUGUCGACAUCUGUCCUCGAUGGGGUCGUAUGCGCCCAGGUCAAAAACCUUUAACAGUCAUGAUAAUUUACAGACCACUUCAAUAUAUAAGUAUGCAUUUUCAAGUUCGAAUAUUUAUAUCUGAUUUAUGUAAAACUCCACACACUAUAAACUUCUAUGCGUGCACUCGACCAGGUCUUUUACGUGAAUCAAUCGAGAAUGCCAAACCGGAAGUAGAGUUCAAAAAGCAGCAAAAGAAAAUUGGCGGGCUUUCUUGUAAAGAAACGAAAUCGAUUUCUCGAAAGAAAGAUAUAUCGCAAUCAUAUACGAAAGAACCUUGUGGAAAGUACACAGACUUCGAUAAAAUGUUCCAACAGAAAUGUCCUCUAGGCACUUAUUUGUUCGAAAUUAUGGAACAGAAAUUACAACAUAAAAAAGAAUUUUUUAUGAAAAUAGAGAAUCGGCGUAAUGAAAAUGAACAAAUUAAAUUUCACCAUAAACCAACAGUAACUUAUGAUGUCAAUAAUACUAAUGAAAAACAAAUUACUGAAAUUAAAAUUCACCGAGAACGAAUAUGGGAUAAAUACACGAAUUCAAUUUCAAACUCACGAAACGAAUUAUUUGAGAGACAAAAAGCAAACAAAUUUAAGCAGAGAAUUUUAAGAAUUCCUCACAAACAUCCUGAUGCAAUAUGGGUAUCGUCUCAAGAUGAAGUACUGUUUGUUCGUUAUUAUAAAAUCACACCUUUUCUUCAGGCUGCCCGUAAAAUUAUAUUAAGAAACCGAUUGUUAAAAGCACUUGAGCAACUAAGGAACUUGAAUUAA